CCUGCGCAGUGCGGGGCUGGCGGCGGCCCGUGCGGUUGGCGGCCGGGAAACCCCUCGGCGGAGCGCGGACGCAGGGGCGGCCGCGUCGCCAUAGCGAGUGAGCCGGGCCUGGGAGCGCUGCGUGCGGGUGAGAGGCAGCGAGCCGAGCCGGGGGUUGCGGGGGACGCCUCCCGUCGUCCGCUAGGGCCGUGAGGAGGAGCCGGGCGGCCGCGACCUAGUUCAGUCGCUGGGGGCCGCGAGCCGGAGCCGUUGCGGGGCGGCCCCGGGGCCUCGUAGCGCUGCCGCGAUGGAGCCCUGAGGCCUCCGCCAGUGAGUCUGCCUGAGGCCUCGGGGCCUGACCAUGGCGGAGCGCCGCGGCCUCUGAGCGCCGCCCGAGCUCAGCCCGCGCUGCUUGCACCGGCCCUCCCCCGAGCGCUGCGCGGCGUGGAGGCCGCGACGCCGUCCAGCCGCGGAGCAGGCAGCGCCUGGGCCCGACCAUGUCGUGCGUGCAUUACAAGUUCUCCUCGAAGCUCAACUAUGAUACGGUCACCUUCGACGGCCUCCAUAUCUCCCUGUGCGACCUCAAGCGCCAGAUCAUGGGCCGAGAAAAGCUGAAGGCGGCCGACUGCGACCUGCAGAUAACCAACGCGCAGACCAAAGAAGAGUACACGGAUGACAAUGCUUUGAUUCCCAAGAACUCAUCAGUGAUCGUGAGGAGAAUCCCCAUUGGAGGAGUCAAAGCCACCAGCAAAACAUACGUCAUGACUCCUAAAUCGCACAAAACCCUAGAAACUUCCUUCAGAAGCCGAACUGAGCCAGUGAGUGGAACAUCAAAAGCAAUUGAUGACUCUUCUGCAUCUAUUUCUCUGGCCCAGCUUACUAAGACUGCCAAUCUGGCUGAAGCCAAUGCUUCCGAGGAAGAUAAAAUUAAAGCUAUGAUGACACAGUCUGGCCAUGAAUAUGAUCCAGUCAACUACAUGAAGAAACCCUUGGGCCCACCUCCACCAUCGUAUACUUGCUUCCGCUGUGGGAAACCUGGCCACUACAUAAAGAACUGCCCAACAAAUGGGGACAAAAAUUUUGAGUCUGUUCCUAGAAUUAAAAAGAGCACAGGGAUUCCCAGGAGCUUCAUGAUGGAGGUUAAAGACCCAAACACCAAGGGUGCUAUGCUGACCAACACCGGCAAAUACGCGAUCCCGACCAUCGACGCGGAAGCUUAUGCUAUAGGCAAGAAGGAAAAGCCUCCCUUUUUACCAGAGGAUCCAUCAUCCUCCUCAGAAGAAGAUGAUCCUAUUCCAGAUGAGUUGCUGUGUCUCAUCUGUAAGGACAUCAUGACAGAUGCGGUUGUUAUUCCCUGCUGUGGAAACAGCUACUGCGAUGAGUGUAUUAGAACAGCACUGCUGGAAUCUGAGGAGCACACGUGUCCAACGUGUCAUCAAACAGAUGUCUCUCCAGAUGCUCUCAUUGCCAACAAGUUCCUCCGCCAGGCUGUGAACAACUUCAAAAAUGAAACUGGCUACACGAAGAGGCUCCGUAAGCAGAUUCAGCAGCAACAGCAACAACAACAGCAGCAGCAGCAGCAGCAACAGCAGCCACCACCUCCACCACCACCUCCACCUCCACCGCCCCUGAUGAGACAAACGAUAACGCGCAACCUGCAGCCGCUGAUGCGGCCAGCCAUGGCCAGGCAGCAGGAUCCCCUCAUGAUCCCGCUGGCUUCUCUGGCCUCUCGUUCAGCUGCUUUGUCGUCCCUGGGCCCUGGUCAGGCACCUGGGCUGCCAGUAAAUCCCAAUUCCGUCCUUGUCUCUGAUCUCCCUCCAGCAGUGUCCCUCCUCCGUGGUGAAAAGCCCGAUGGACCUUUUCGUGAUCCUGAUACUGUUUUACCUCCUGCUCUGAUGUCUGCUGACCUUUCUAAAACUUCCUCUCUGUCAAUCAGCAGUUUAUUGGAAGAGAAGGGUUAUCAGGUUCCCGUGCUAAGGCAGCCAGCAAUACCAAGUCUUCUGGGCCCUCAAGGACAAUCCAUACCCACAACUGGUCACCCCAUGAGAGCGGGCACCCUUCGCUCGGCAGGUGGCAGACCAGGCUGGGAGCUUUCAAAUCGAGGACGCCUGCACAGCGAACGUUCCCAAAGGACUCAGGCCCCAGCACUACCAGCAUCAUCACCAGUCUUUGUGCCUGUGCCUCCACCUCCCUUGUAUCCUCCACCACCCCACGCACUUCCUCUUCCACCCGGGGUACCACCACCACAGUUUCCUCCUCAGUUUCCACCUGGCCAACCUCCGUCUGCUGGGUACUCUGUCCCCCCUCCAGGAUACCCCCCAGCUCCUGCAAACAUAUCAUCAGCUUGGGUCCCAGCAGCAGUACCAGCGGGGCACUCAAACACCAUCCCAACGACACAAGCACCUCCCCUCUCUAGGGAGGAGUUUUACAGAGAGCAGCGGAGACUGAAAGAGGAGGAAAAGAAAAAGUCCAAACUUGAUGAGUUUACAAAUGAUUUUGCUAAGGAAUUGAUGGAAUAUAAAAAGAUUCAAAAGGAGCGUAGGCGUUCGUUUUCCAGGUCCAAGUCUCCCUAUAGCGCCUCGUCCUACUCCAGAAGCUCCUACACCUACUCCAAGUCGCGCUCGGGCUCCUCGCGCUCGCGCUCCUACUCGCGCUCCUUCAGCCGCUCCCACUCCCGCUCCUACUCGCGCUCCCCCCCGUACCCCCGCAGAGGCAAAGGCAAGAGCCGCAACUACCGCUCCCGCUCUCGCUCCCACGGCUACCACCGCUCCCGCUCCAGGUCCCCGCCCUACAGGAGGUACCACUCGCGCUCCAGGUCGCCAGCCUUCAGAGGCCAGUCUCCCACCAAGCGGACUCUGCCGCAAGGGGAAGGGGAGCGGGAGUACUUCAACAGAUACAGGGAAGUGCCCCCCUACGAUAUGAAGGCUUACUAUGGCAGAUCCGUUGACUUCCGAGACCCCUUUGAGAAGGAGAGAUACCGAGAGUGGGAACGGAACUACAGAGAGUGGUACGAGAAGUUCUACAAGGGCUACGCGGUCGGCGCCCAGCCUCGGCCUCCAGUAAGCAGAGAGAACUUCUCUCCGGAUAGGUUUGGUCCGCCUGGGACCAGACGAGAGAACUCCCCCUACGCUCGCGGGCGCAGGGAGGAUUAUCCUGGUGGGCAGAGCCACAGAACUCGUAACAUAGCUGGGAAUUACCCUGAAAAACCUGGGAGAGAGAGCCAUGGCAUCAAAGAUCCUACAAAAUCAAAGGAGAAGGAGGUGGAAAAUCCCCUGGGAGACAGCAAAGGAAAUAAGCAUAAAAAGCACAGGAAGAGGAGAAAAGGGGAUGAGAACGAGGGGUUCCCCAGUGCCGAGCUGCUAGAAGGCGCCAGAAAGCCAAGAGAGACGGUUCCAGCAGAGGAUGUGAAAACAGACUCCCUGUUCAUGCUGCCCAGCAGAGAUGAUGCCACCCCCGUGAGGGAUGAGCCCAUGGAAGCAGAUUCUAUUGCUUUCAAACCCGUGUCUGAAAAGGAGAAGAAGGAGAAGGACAAGCCAAAAGCAAAGGUUGAGAAGACAAAGCGAAAAGCAGAAGCGGCUGCUCCUCCGAAGAAGGACACUGUGGUAAAACCAGCAAAAGCUUCCCAAGAGAAGGUGGACACCGACCGCGAGAAAUCUCCUCGAGCAGAACCUCCUGCCAAAAAAACCAAGGAGGAGCUGCCAAAGACAGACAGUGUUAAGACAUCUUCCUCUCAGAAGGACGAGAAGGCUCUUGGUACCCCGCGCAAAGUUCACCCAAAAGCCACGAAAGAUCACCCGGAAACCAGACCAGCCAAGGAGGAGAAGGCCAAGAAGGACCAUCCGAAGGAAACCAAGUCGGAGAAGCCCUCCAACAAGGAGGACAAGUCAAAGAAACCUGCUGAGAAAAGCAAACCUUCUGAUGCCAAACCUGAGAAAAGGAAAAGGAAGGCAGAUGAAAAGGUGGAUAAAGAGCACGAGGCCACUUCUGCGAAGACCUCGAAACCAGAAAGCGCGGAGUCAAAGACGUCGCCGAAGGGGAAGCUUGAACCCGACGGUGACAAAGGUGAGCGGACUCCGGAGAAGGAUAAAUCUGCUUUUCUCAACAACCCUGCAAAGAAGAUUAAACUGAACAGAGAAACUGGCAAAAAGAUUGUGAGUACAGAGAACCUGCCGCCGGGGAAAGAGCCUGCUGAGAAACCUGAGCCCAGCAGCAGCAAAGUUAAACAAGAGAAGACCAAGGGGAAAGCCAGAAGAAAAGUAACUGCGGCUGAUGGAACCAGUUCAACCCUUGUGGAUUACACCAGCACCAGCUCCACUGGAGGAAGCCCUGUCAGAAAGGCUGAAGAGAAGCCAGAUACCAAACGAACUGUCAUCAAGACCAUGGAGGAGUACAACAAUGACAUCACAGCCCCUGCUGAGGAUGUCAUCAUCAUGAUCCAGGUCCCUCAGUCCAAGUGGGAUAAAGAUGACUUUGAGUCUGAGGAGGAGGACAUUAAAACUACCCAGGUGCCCACAAGCAUAGGGAAACCCGCCAGCGUGAUCAAAAACGUUAGUGCAAAGGCACCAAACCCUAUCAAACACAGUGAAAAGGAGCUGGAGCCCCUGGAGAAGCUGCAGAAGGCUGUGAAGGAGGCGAGCUACGAAAGCGCCCAGCACGAGGCCAAAAGCUCCAAAAGCUCUGCCUCGACCGAAAAGGGCAAAGCCAAAGACCGAGAUCAUCCUUUGCCAGACAAGGACGCCUCCGAGAAGAGGAAGAGCGGUACUCAGCCAGAGAAGGACCACUCGGAACGGGCAGCUGAGCAGGGCAAUGGGAAAGGCGUUUCUCAAUCUUCCAAAGACGGCAGAUCCUCGGAGAAGCACGACGCCGGCCGCGGGGCCACCACCAAAGACUUCACCCCCAACCGCGACAAGAAGUCUGAGCACGACGGCAGCAGGGAGCACUCCAGCUCCAAGCGCAGGGAGGAGAAGAGCGAGUCGGCCAGGAGGAAAGAGUCCCCCUCUCGAACCAGGGACUCUGCGGCGGCGCAGAAGAGCAAGCCGAGGGAGGAGCGGGCAGAGCCCUCCAAGAAAGGUGCUGGAGAGGCCAAGAGGAGCAGCUACAGCCCCUCACGUGAGCGCAAGCAGGCCGAGCACAAGGCAGCUCACGACUCCAAACGUGCAGCGGAGGAGCACAAACCUCCAGAGAAGAACCCGGCAAAAGAGAAGGAGAAGCACGUCCCUGAGGUGAAGAGCAACAAAGAGAAGGAGAAGGAGAAAGAAAAAGAGAAAGAAAAGGAAAAAGAGAAGGAGAAAGAGAAGGAGCCCAGUGGUAAUAAACCCCCUGCGAAGCAGGAGUCACCCGACGUCAAGAGCGAGAAGGAGAACCUGCCUGGGCAGAACGACAAAAGCGUGAUGAAGCCCAAGCCUCAGGCCAGCAGCUCCUCACGGCUCUCCUCAGACCUCACCAGAGAGACUGACGAGGCUGCCUUUGUGCCAGACUACAACGAGAGCGACAGCGAGAGCAACCUGUCGGCCAAAGAGGAGGAGGCUGCGGGAAAGGCUCCGAAGGAGCCCAAGGAGAAGGCCGUGGAGAAGGCAAAGGAGGAGCCGGCCGCGCCUGCUGCGGUGGAGCAGCCUGAAGCAGCCCCGAGCCAGAGCAGCCCCAGCGUCAGCCGCAGCCGCAGUCAGAGCCCAUCCGAGAGCCAGACCCGGAGCCACAGCAGCAGCGCCAGCUCCGGGGAGAGCCAGGACAGCAAGAAGAAGAAGAAGAAGAAAGAGAAGAAGAAGCACAAGAAGCACAAGAAACACAAGAAGCAUAAGAAACACCUGGGGAACGAAACGGAGUUGGAAAAGAGCCAAAAACACAAACACAAGAAGAAGAAGUCCAAGAAGAGCAAAGAUAAAGAGAAGGACGACCAAAAAGUGAAAUCUGUCCCCACGUAGAGCGACAGAUCGGUGCAAAAGUGACUUAAUUCCUAAGUCAUCUGUAUUAAAUUUUGUUUAAAAUGUAAAACCAAUUGGAGCAUUGUACAUAAUGAGAUGAAAAAAGACCCUGUGCUGCACUUAAACUAUUGCUGCUUGAUUCUUUGAUUUUUACAUCAGAGCUUUAUAAAGGUGAACAUUUUUGUACAGAAUCGUGACUUGUGACCGUGUAACAUGGAAAGGGGUUUGGCUGGGGCCCCUCUUUUUAACCACCGUGGAUGAACUGGGGUGGACUUUAACUGUACUGUGAAGGUUUUCACAUUUGAGGAUGGUUGGG